GCGACUGCCACCAGGUUGCCCCAAGUUUACCCCUUGACCUCUGCGACCGGCUCUUGCUUGCUGCUUCUGCUUUCCAAACCCAUUGGCUGUGCGGCAAUAACUGUAUCUCCAGAUCUCUGUAUAACUAUCUCGCUUUCAACCAUCCACUGAGAUGCCUCGCAAAGUCAAGUCUUCUUUAGUCGACCACCACUUUCCCCGGUUCUACGCAUGCUACCUACUCAAGAGCAUCCGCACGGCGCGCGCGACUGCGACAUAUAUAGGGAGCACGCCGAGCCCUCCCAGACGCAUACGCCAACACAAUGGCGAAAUCACGCAAGGCGCAUGGAAGACAAAGCACAACAGGCCUUGGAUCAUGCAGAUGAUCGUCUACGGUUUCCCCUCCAAGCUCACAGCGCUGCAGUUCGAAUGGGCAUGGCAGCACCCGCACAUCUCGCGUCACCUUCGAGGCGAGGACGGCAAGGCCGUCUUCCAGAACAACUCGAAGUCGAGGUACUUGAAGACGAAUGUCUCGAUCGCACGAAGUAUGAUAUGCUCUCACCCGUACAACACAUGGCCUCUGCGUGUCAAGCUGUUCACUGCCGAAGCUGAGAAAGCCUGGAGCGAUGCUGCCCGUGAUGCUGACGACCUCGCGCUUCCGCAGGGGUUCUCCUACACGGUCGAACUCGAGGGCGUGGACGGGAAGUCAGGCAAGGCGGGCACAGGGAGAACGGGGCCAAUCGAUGUGAACGAUGUGGCCUUUACCUCGGACCACCUCCGAAAAUGGACCACCGUGUUAGCGUCGCCCAGGCCAUUGCUCUGUUCUGUCUGUAAUGAAGCCUUGGACCGCCAAAUCAUAGACCCGAUGACUACCGCGCUAUGCCCCUCCCCAAAUUGUACUACGGUCUCGCACCUCUCCUGUCUCUGCUCCGAUUUCCUUGAACACGAGCGCUCGACAGAUGCGACUCCUGGCAGGCUCGCGAUGAUCCCCCGGGGCGGCGAGUGCCGUUCGUGUCGCACGUACAUCCUAUGGGGUGAUGUCAUACGGGGGUGCUACAGACGCAGGGGCGACGACGCGCCUCAGCCCGAGUCCGACGGUAUGGAGGAUGAAGAAGCGCAGUCGCUUGAGGAUGCCGAAAUUGUCCUACCGCCGACUCGGCAACCCAGUAAGAAAGCCCUAGGCAAGACCGCCAGCCGGCGCCGGGGAGGCGCAGCCCCGAGGAAACGCCCCGCAGCACUUCUUGAAGAGGGCUUGAGCGAAGGGGAGUUCUUCGACUUGAAUAACGUUUCUGGAUCUUCCGAGGACGAUUCUGCGGGCGGCGAACCUCUCGUGGUGGCAUCUGUACAACGUACCACCACGGCGUCGCGUACGGCGGUAGGACGGGGAAACACACCAGAGAACAACCGCCCGGAGGAGGCGGCGCCAGUGCCGAGCUCGAGCACUAGGCAGAACCCUACGAGAUCUCAUCCAGAGAAAAGUACAAAGGUAUCCCGUGGUGCAAGGAGGGACGUCCAGGCUCCGCGCCAGCAAGAACCGCAGAGCCACGGAGUACCACAUCCAACGUCGCCGCCGAUGUUCCGUCAGCGCAGGUCAAUGCCCCGACUUCCAAACCCCCGAUGUCCUUGGCCUCGCAACACCGCCAAAACCCUCGCACAAGGGCACCGCCCACGUAUGUCGAGAUAAGCGACUCCUCCGAAUCGGACCUGUCAGACUUCGAUGACGGUGCGGAACCCGCACCAACAGGAGCCCCGCGACGUGCAUUGGGGCGCAGCCAGAAGAAGACUUUGAUGCAAUGGGCGGGCCUGACAGUCUGCACUCGGGAUCGCCCCGCCAACGGCUCAGCCGUGCUCUCUCGACACUCUCCAUCUCUUCGGGGUCGGAGCUGCCGGACAUGGCGCACAUACUGCGGGAUCUGGAGAGGAAGAAGAAGCAAGAUGAUGAUGAGGACGUGGUAGUGGUGUCCGAUUAAAGGCCGCACCGUGCGUUGGCUUCUCUUGUAUCGAGUUCACAUCUGCAUGCAUCUAGUUUGGGAUUUAG